UCCCGGCGACGGCGGCAGCGCCCCGGCUCCUGCCCCGACAGGUGCGCGCCGCGCUCAGGAAUGCGGCCGGCCUGACUCACCAGCGCCUCCUUCCUACCUGCCGCCCGCCCCAUAAAGCGGCCCCCUCCCGCCGCCAGCCGCCGCCCUCCCUGCAGCCCGCCCUCCGGACAGUCCCGGCUCGCCCGCGCGCGCCUGCAGCCGGAGUCGCCGAGCGGAGCCCAGCGCAGGGAGGGCGCAAGUCCGCCCAAGGAGGAAGAGGAUGGCAGGGCCGCAUUCCAGCCCAUGGACCAGGCUGCUGCUGGCAGCCCUGCUGAGUGUGAGCUUUCCUGGGGACAUGGCCAACAGCUGCAAGAAGGCCCAGGUGAAGAGCUGCACCGAGUGCAUCCGUGUGGCCAAGGACUGCGCCUACUGCACCGACGAGAUGUUCAAGGAACGACGCUGCAACACCCAGACAGAGCUGCUGGCUGCGGGCUGCCGGCUGGAGAGUGUGGUGGUCAUGGAGAGCAGCUUUGAGAUCACAGAGGAGACCCAGAUCGACACCACCCUGCUACGCAGCCAGGUGUCCCCCCAGGGGCUGCGGGUCCGCCUGCGGCCGGGCGAAGAGCGGCACUUUGAGCUGGAGGUGUUUGAGCCCCGGGAGAGCCCCGUGGACCUGUAUAUCCUCAUGGACUUCUCCAACUCCAUGUCCGACGAUCUGGACAAUCUCAAGAAGAUGGGGCAGAACCUGGCCAAGGUCCUGAAGCAGCUCACCAGCGACUACACUAUUGGAUUUGGCAAAUUUGUGGACAAAGUCAGCGUCCCUCAGACAGACAUGAGGCCUGAGAAGCUGAAGGAGCCCUGGCCCAACAGUGACCCCCCCUUCUCCUUCAAGAACGUCAUCAGCCUGACGGAAGAUGUGGACGAGUUCCAGAGUAAACUGCAGGGAGAACGGAUCUCAGGCAACCUGGAUGCCCCUGAAGGAGGUUUUGAUGCCAUCCUGCAGACAGCCGUGUGCACGAGGGACAUCGGCUGGCGCCCCGACAGCACCCACCUGCUGGUGUUCUCCACCGAGUCGGCCUUCCACUAUGAGGCUGACGGUGCCAAUGUGCUGGCCGGCAUCAUGAACCGCAACGAUGAGACGUGCCACCUGGACGCCACGGGCACCUACACCCACUACAAGAUGCAGGACUACCCGUCAGUGCCCACCCUGGUGCGCCUGCUUGGCAAACACAACAUUAUCCCCAUCUUCGCCGUCACCAACUACUCCUAUAGCUACUACGAGAAGCUGCACACGUAUUUCCCCGUCUCCUCACUGGGGGUGCUGCAGGAGGACUCGUCCAACAUCGUGGAUCUGCUGGAGGAGGCCUUCGACCGCAUUCGCUCCAACCUGGACAUCCGGGCCCUGGAAAGCCCCCGAGGCCUGAGGACAGAGGUCAACUCCAAGAUAUUCCAGAAGACCAACACAGGGUCCUUUCACAUCCGGCGAGGGGAAGUGGGCACAUACCACGUGCAGCUGCGGGCCAUUGAGAAGCUGGAUGGGACACACGUGUGCCAGCUUCCAGUAGAGGAUCAGAAGGGCAACAUCCAUCUGAAGCCCUCCUUCUCCGAUGGCCUCAAGAUUGACGUGGGCAUCAUCUGUGAUGUGUGCUCCUGUGAGCUGCAAAAAGAGGUGCGGUCAGCUCACUGCAGCUUCAACGGAGACUUCAUGUGUGGACACUGCAUGUGCAAUGAGGGCUGGAGUGGCAAGACCUGUAACUGCUCCACUGGUUCGCUGAGCGACACGCAGCCUUGCCUGCGGGAGGGCGAGGACAAGCCGUGCUCGGGGCGAGGCGAGUGCCAGUGCGGGCACUGUGUGUGCUAUGGCGAAGGCCGCUAUGAGGGUCAGUUCUGUGAGUACGACAACUUCCAGUGUCCCCGCACCUCCGGAUUCCUCUGCAACGACCGAGGACGCUGCAUCAUGGGCCAGUGUGUGUGUGAGCCUGGCUGGACAGGCUCGAGCUGUGACUGUCCUCUCAGCAAUGCCACCUGCAUCGACAGCAAUGGGGGCAUCUGUAAUGGGCGUGGCCACUGCGAGUGUGGCCGCUGCCACUGCAACCAGCAGUCGCUCUACACGGACACCAUCUGCCAGAUCAACCACUCAGCGAUCCGCCUGGGCCUCUGCGAGGACCUGCGCUCCUGCGUGCAGUGCCAGGCCUGGGGCACCGGUGAGAAGAAGGGGCGCAUGUGCGAUGAGUGCAGCUUUAAGAUCAAGAUGGUGGACGAGCUUAAGAAAGCAGAGGAGGUGGUGGAGUACUGCUUCUUCCGGGACGAGGAUGACGACUGUACCUACAGCUACACCGUGGAGGGCGACGGCACCCCCGGGCCCAACAGCACUGUCCUGGUGCACAGGAAGAAGGACUGCCCUCCCGCCUCCUUCUGGUGGAUCAUCCCCCUGCUCAUCUUCCUCCUGCUGCUCCUGGCCCUGCUGCUGCUGCUCUGCUGGAAGUACUGUGCCUGCUGCAAGGCCUGCCUGGCACUUCUCCCUUGCUGCAACCGAGGUCACAUGGUGGGUUUCAAGGAAGACCAUUACAUGCUGCGGGAGAACCUGAUGGCCUCGGACCACCUGGACACGCCCAUGCUGCGCAGCGGGAACCUCAAGGGGCGUGACACGGUCCGCUGGAAGAUCACCAACAACGUACAGCGGCCUGGCUUCGCCACCCACGUGGCCAGCACCAACCCCACGGAGCUGGUGCCCUAUGGGCUGUCCCUGCGCCUCGCCCGCCUUUGCACCGAGAACCUGCUGAAGCCUGACACUCGAGAAUGUGACCAGCUGCGCCAGGAGGUGGAGGAGAAUCUGAACGAGGUGUACAGACAGAUCACAGGCGCACACAAGCUCCAGCAGACCAAGUUCCGGCAGCAGCCCAAUGCUGGAAAAAAGCAGGACCACACCAUUGUGGACACGGUGCUGAUGGCGCCACGCUCGGCCAAGCAGACCCUGCUGAAGCUGACGGAGAAGCAUGUGGAGCAGGGGGCUUUCCAUGAGCUCAAGGUGGCCCCCGGCUACUACACCCUCACUGCAGACCAGGACGCCCGGGGCAUGGUGGAGUUCCAGGAGGGCGUGGAGCUGGUGGACGUGCGGGUGCCCCUCUUCAUCCGGCCUGAGGACGACGACGAGAAGCAGCUGCUGGUGGAGGCCAUUGACGUACCCGUGGGCACUGCCACCCUCGGCCGCCGCCUGGUAAACAUCACCAUCAUCAAGGAGCAAGCCAGCGGGAUAGUGUCCUUUGAGCAGCCCGAGUACUUGGUCAGCGGCGGGGAGCAAGUGGCCCACAUUCCCGUCGUCCGACGCAUCCUGGACAACGGCAAGUCCCAGGUCUCCUACCGCACGCAGGACAACACAGCACAGGGCAACCGGGACUACAUUCCCGUGGAGGGCGAGCUGCUGUUCCAGCCUGGGGAGACCUGGAAGGAGCUGCAGGUGAAGCUUCUGGAGCUGCAGGAAAUGGACUCCCUCCUGCGGGGCCGCCAGACCCGCCGCUUCCACAUCCAACUCAGCAACCCCAAGUUUGGGGCCCGCCUGGACCAGCCCCACUCAGCCACUGUCAUCAUUGGGGACCCAGAUGAACUGGACCGAAACUUAAUAAGCCAGACCGUGUCCUCACUCCCACCCCCCCGUGGUGACCUGGGCGCCCCACAGAACCCCAAUGCCAAGGCCGCCGGGUCCCGGAAGAUCCAUUUCAACUGGUUGCCCCCUCCUGGCAAGCCCACAGGGUACAGGGUGAAGUACUGGAUCCAGGGUGACUCCGAGUUGGAAGCCCACCUGCUCGACAGCAAGGUACCCUCGGUGGAGCUCACCAACCUGUACCCAUAUUGCGACUAUGAGAUGAAGGUGUGCGCCUAUGGGGCGCAGGGCGAGGGCCCCUACAGCUCCCUGGUGUCCUGCCGCACCCACCAGGAAGUACCCAGUGAGCCAGGGCGUCUGGCCUUCAACGUUGUCUCCUCCACGGUGACCCAGCUGAGCUGGGCGGAGCCAGCCGAGACCAACGGCGAGAUCACGGCCUAUGAGGUCUGCUACGGCCUGGUCAACGAGGACAACCGACCCAUCGGGCCCAUGAAGAAGGUGCUGGUGGACAGCCCCAAGAAGCGGACGCUGCUCAUUGAGAACCUGCGGGAGUCCCAGCCGUACCGCUACACGGUGAAGGCGCGCAACGGGGCAGGCUGGGGGCCCGAGCGGGAGGCCAUCAUCAACCUGGCCACCCAGCCCAAGCGGCCCAUGUCCAUCCCCAUCAUCCCAGACAUCCCCAUCGUGGAUGCCCAGAGUGGGGAAGACUAUGAAAGCUUCCUCAUGUACAGCGAUGAUGUCCUGCGCUCCCCGGCUGGCAGCCAGAGGCCCAGCGUCUCCGACGACACUGAGCACCUGGUGAAUGGGCGGAUGGACUAUGCCUUCCCUGGCAGCGCCAACUCCCUACACAGGAUGACCGCAGCCAACGCCACCUACGGCACCCACCUGAGCCCACACCUGCCCCACCGCGUGCUGAGCACGUCCUCCACCCUCACGCGGGACUACCACUCUCUGACCCGCACAGAACACUCACACUCGGCCACGCUGCCCAGGGACUACUCCACCCUCACCUCCCUCUCCUCCCACAGCCUCCCUCCCAUCUGGGAAGACGGGAGGAGCAGGCUUCCGCUGUCCUGGGCCCUGGGGUCCCGGAGUCGGGCUCAGAUGAAGGGGUUCCCCCAUUCCGGGGACUCACAAGACUCUAUAAUCCUGGCUGGGCGGCCAGCAGCGCCCUCUUGGGGCCCAGGCUCCCGCUUGGCUGCUGGUGUGCCCAACACACCCACCCGCCUGGUGUUCUCAGCCCUGGGACCCACAUCUCUGAAAGUGAGCUGGCAGGAACCACAGUGUGAGCAGGCGCUGCAGGGCUACAGCGUGGAGUACCAGCUGCUGAAUGGCGGUGAGCUGCAUCGACUCAACAUCCCCAACCCCAGCCAGACCUCCGUGGUGGUGGAAGACCUUCUGCCCAACCACUCCUACGUGUUCCGCGUGCGGGCCCAGAGCCAGGAAGGCUGGGGCCCAGAGCGCGAGGGUGUCAUCACCAUUGAGUCACAGGUGCACCCCCAGAGCCCACUCUGCCCCCUGCCAGGCUCCACCUUCACUUUAAGCACGCCCAGUGCCCCGGGCCCACUGGUGUUCACUGCCCUGAGCCCAGACUCACUGCAGCUGAGCUGGGAGCGGCCACGCAGGCCCGAUGGGGAUAUCCUUGGCUACCUGGUGACCUGUGAGAUGGCCCACGGAGGAGAGCCAGCUACCACGUUCCUGGUGGAUGGCGACAGCCCUGAGAGCCGGCUGACUGUGCCAGGCCUCAGCGAGAAUGUGCCCUACAAGUUCAAGGUGCAGGCCAAGACCACCCAAGGCUUCGGGCCAGAGCGUGAGGGUAUCAUCACCAUCGAGUCCCAGGAUGGAGGCCCCUUCCCACAGCUGGGGAGCCACUCCGGGCUCUUCCAGCACCCACUGCCAGGCGAGUACAGCAGUAUCACUACCACCCACACCAGCACCAUUGAACCCUUCCUGCUGGACGGACUGACCCUGGGCUCCCAGCAUUUGGAAGCUGGUGGCUCCCUCACUCGGCAUGUGACCCAGGAGUUUGUGAGCCGGACGCUGACCACCAGUGGAACACUCAACACCCAAGUGGACCAACAGUUCUUCCAGACCUGAGCCCCCCACCGCCACCUAGCAGUGUCCUGGAACCUGGGCCCCCUCCCUGCCUCCCCUCCCUGGCGCUGCCUCAGCUACUCCAUCCUGGGACCCCUGGCGGCGCAGCCCACCCGCAUGCUGACCUCAGGGCCAACGCCUCUGGCCACAGAGUACGGGCCAGUGUCCUCAGAGGCAUGAAGGGGGCAGAGGUCCCAGAAGGCCCUUCUAGCAAUCCCCUACCCCCUGGGCCCAAGCCCAUUUGUAACCAAAGAGCUGGGAGCAGCAUGACAAGGACCCAGCUUUGUUCUGCACUUAAUACAAGAUUUGCUACCACU